CAAAAAGGAAGAUAGCGGCCCUAAUUACGUCACGCCCCCUUGGGUUUUUCUUUUCCUCCUUUCGCCUCGUCCCCUGUCCUCCUCCUUUUACGCACCAGUUGAAUCCAUAGACUGUAAAAAGGUUGAAUCCCGUAUUGAAUGCAGGAGCGCGGCUUGUCCAAACGCAGCUUUGAACACGUUGACCAGCUCAGAGCGCCACCAGCAGAGGAGGAGAAGAAGAAGCAGAAGAAGAAGCGACGACUGCCUCUGUAUAGGAUCAUUUUCUUCUUACUUAUCCUUUUUCCUCUUUCGCUGGAAUAACUUUGACUUCGUGUGAGAUCUGCCGGUUAGUGAAGAACCCAGUGUGGAGGUUAUAUAAGGCGAAUAACGGACAGAGAUGAGCCCGCACGGACGUGACUGUACAGCGGCACAAUAAUCGCAUGUGGCUGUCUGGGCUUGGCGCUGUAAAAGGCGACAGAAACGCUACACCUCGGACGGAUUUCGUUCAUAUAUGUGUGCUACGUCACAUUUUAGGGUAAUUUAUUCCAACAGCUAGCUAGCUUGGAUGCCUCUGCCAAUCUGCCAAUGCUGGACCAGACACUAUUGUGUGUGCGUAUGAUUGAAUCUAGCUAGGCGGCUAACCAGGACGCGCUGCUGAUGAGCCCGUGUGUGCGUAGCGGAAUGAUGAUCAGAAGAAACCUCCACCAUACAGGCUGCUAAUGGCUCUGAUUAACUGUCAAAGCCUCGCUGAAUAAAUGGUUUGUGUGAUUCUCAAAUACAGCCACAUAGCAGAUGUGUGUUUCAGACCUGGUGGGCCCCGCUAUCAUUCAUAAAACUACCCUGGAGGCGAAGAAUGGGCCCAUGUCUUAAUUUGGACAACAAAGAAUUAGGCUACUGAAGAGGUUAAGCUGGUUAGAUAAGCUUGUUUUAGCGUUUUUAGGUGAGCUAGCAAGCUGGUCGGCGGAUUAGUCGCACAGUCUGGACAGUACGGCUCCUUGCGCUCCCUUUGGCACUCACUGGAGUAUUUUCUUUUUGCACGUUUUUGGUCCUCCCUGCGCCGCGCACCACAAUGAGCAGUCACACCGGGGAAACCGGGGACGCCGGGCCGGUGGAAGUGGAGCCCAUGCCGGGAUACUUGGACCUCAUCACCAGAGCCUCAUCCGUAAUGCUGAGCGCAUGGAGAGACUGUAGCACAUGCGGGCUGGAGCUCUCUAAACAGACUCUCCGGGAUAACGCAUACAUUACACUGACCGAAAUCGCCCUGUUCUUCUUUUGCGCCUUUUUGUGGACGCAGGUCAGGCGGGGACUGACAGAAAGUCUGUUUAAGCCUCUAGCACAGUGGUGGAGGCUGCUGCCCAAAGAUGCUGCCAAGAUGCCGGAGAGCGCGUGGAAGCUGGUCUUCUACACCAUGUCGUGGUCAUACAGCACCUACCUGCUCUUCUUUACCUCCUACUCUUUUUUCCACGACCCGCCCUCUGUCUUCUACAACUGGAAGAGUGGUAUGUCAGUGCCUACAGACAUCGCCAUAGCCUAUCUGAUCCAGGGCAGCUUCUACGGUCACUCCAUCUACGCUACAGUGUACAUGGACGCAUGGAGGAAGGAUUCAGCUGUUAUGGUGGUGCACCACAUCAUCACACUGGCACUCAUUAUCUUCUCCUACGCCUUCAGAUACCACAAUGUUGGGAUUCUGGUGCUGUUCCUCCAUGACAUCAACGACAUCCAGCUGGAGUUCACCAAGCUCAAUGUGUACCUGAAGUCCAGAGGAGGAGGGUAUUACCUGCUCAACGAUGUGCUGUCCAACAUGGGUUCCGUCAGCUUCAGCAUCACCUGGUUCUGGUUCCGUCUCUACUGGUUCCCUCUUAAAGUGCUGUAUGCCACAUGUGUAUCUAGCCUCCAGUCUGUUCCUGGCAUUCCCUUCUACUUCUUCUUCAAUGCUCUUCUCCUGGCUCUGCUUCUCAUGAACAUCUACUGGUUCUUGUUCAUCGUGGUUUUCGUGGUGAAAGUGUUAAAAAUGAAAGAGGUUAACGAUGUCAGGGAGUACGAGGACGAGGAUGGCAGCAGGGCGGCGGCAGCAGCGGCGGCGGCGGCGGCAGCAGGCCUGGUCAAAGAGCCGAAGGCAGAAAACAACGAUGAUGAUGCUGGACAUCACAUCUCUGCCCAGGGGAAGCACGUGCAGAACGGGAUCACUAAGGAGAAGCAUCUAUAACAGGCUCUCCUUCGCCACCACCUGGCUCUGGGCUGCAAGUACAAGCAAGAAAAGGCGCCCUCUUUGGACUGCUCAUGCUCCAAACGUGUCUGAAGGGAAGAGUGUCACAAAAAGAAAAGAAAGGAAAAAAAAAACAAGUUAGGCUGCGAUACAUUUUUACUCUUUUUUUUUUUGUUUUAGAGCAUUUCAUUUCAUCACUGAUAUUUUGUUUUCAGUUUUUUUUUAUUAGAGCACUGUGAAUGUUAUUUCAGGUGACUUUUUGUCUUAUUGUUGCUAACUUUACGUUUGAUAGAUCCAGUAGAAACGAACCAGCUUGAGUGAGAGUUGGACUGUGAUUGUCACGUAUAGUAGUAAUGGCUGGAGUUAGUAGUUAUCACAAUCAUCCUGAACAGCAGCACCCUGCAGCACCCAGAUAAAGAAAAGGUUCAGGCGUGUAGUGGUUCUGUAGACUUUUAGACUUGCAGUAACCGUUAGUCUCCUGGUUAACAAGCAAUAUGCUGAUUCCAAAGGGUGCGCUGUGUUCGCUGUCAGUGAAACCUGUUUCCUAACGAAUUCCUUUUUUUUUUUUUUAUUCUCCUACAAAACUCCAUCCAUCAUCCACCCCCCCCUCUGACUCCAGACAUGAAGAAAAAAAAGGCAUAAAACACAUGACUCACACGGGAAACAAAGCUCUGUUCUCAGUAUCGCUCUCAUUGCUGCAGUGAUGCUGGAGAGCCUGCCUGCAUUGUCUGGUGCUGUUUCACCACAUGUAUUGAUUUCCAUAUCAUUGCACAAGUUGGUGGUGGCGACCACACAGCCCUGCCCCCACCUUGCGUCCAUUAGCGUGUAUUAAAAAAAGCCACAUUGGUGUGUGUAGGUAUGUGUGUCAGCUAGGUGGAGAGUAUGGAUGUAGCUGAAGCUUUUUAACUCUUUUAUUUCACAACAUUUCACCUCUCACUUUGAUUUCUUUGAUCUUUUUAUCUCUUCUUAUCAUGAUCAACAAUCGUCAGGAUUAUUCUCUUGUAUAGCGAAAUCUUUUUUUGUUUUUUAGUCUUUCUUCUGUGUCGCUAACGUCUGUUGCUGCACUGACAUGAAGGCGUACAAGCUGAUUGCUGGUUUAAUGACGGCAAAUGGCUUGAAUUGAUUGACUGGGGUUCAGCAUCAUCCUCAUGAUUUUAUUUCUUUAAACAAUAUGGAUUUGACUAAUGUUCAUAACUAGUCCAUGGUUGGUGGUGGCUAUCCGGUUCAGGAAAAUUGUAACAAUAGCCCAGAACUGUGUAAAGAUAAAAAUCAGUAUGAAAAAAAAACAUUAUGUAUGCACAUACUAUGGUAUUCAGGAAUGCAUGACAACGAAUGAUUUUUGGAAAUAUGCUAUGAAAUUGUCUUACAAAGAAGAAAAUUUCUCUCGCUAUGUAAUCAUAAUGUCUGUAUUUAUGUCCAAACUCCAUCAAAAAGUGAUCUUGUUUUAAAGCAGCAGCUGCCACUAAAACCACGUUCAAACCAGUGUGUGAGAAACCCUUACAAGGCUUUUCAAUUUGGGUGUUCCAGAUAUACCUCAAGACAGGAUUGACAUAUAAGUCUGAGAAGACUUCUUUUAUUCAAAACACAUGAAAAUUAAACCACAGUGAAAAGGGACAGACGUAAUCUAUUUGGGUUCACUGGUUUGCUGCGUGUGUGUUUGUGGAAAAGCUGCUGCACCUGUAAUAAAUAAGGGAUGUUUCUAUUCUUCCUACCUUCUCGAUCAAAUUCAAGCUCUUGUUUCGAUGAACAGCAUGCUUGUGCUGCUGGAGCAGGCCGCAGAUGUCGUCCAUCCAUAGAAGAAGCGUGUUUUUAGUUUUGUUUGUCUUCCACAAUCCCCUCGUCGGGGGAAGUACAAACUAUUUUUUAAUUUUAGGUUAAACUAUCACUAUUGUUGAUGUAGUUCAGGUUAUUGUGAAUUUUAUUUUUGUUGGAAUUGCUGCUGUUUUUUUGUUGUUUUUUUUGUUUUCCUCUGAGAGCACUGUUGGUAUUCCAGUUGUGUUGGUUUUUUUCUGCUGUGUGUGAUGAAUCGGUGAUAGUCUGCUCAGAUCAGAUGUUUCUAGGGACCAGGGAGUGUCGAUACAUUCAUCUACAUUACAAUCUGGAUUGGGUCACAGAUCUCUUCCUUCAAAUCUGAAUGCUGGCUCAUUUUACACAAUCCUUUUCCUGUAGUCCUUUUACACCUGUACUGUAAGUAACAUGCUCUAUCAGACACGUUACUGUGUGUAAUAUAUCAGAGCCCUGUGGCUGACAGGUUUUACUAGCAUGGUGUUAUGGCAGGACAUGUUCUGCACACUCAACUGUGAGACUAGAGUAUCCAUAGUUUGCUAAUUAUUUUUGUUGACGAUAGAUGACGGGAGUGAUGUUUGCAUUAAACCCACAAAGACCUGUAACCUGGAUUAGGUGUCACUCAUCCCUUCAGUCUGGUAUGGUACUGUGUGCAGAAAGUGCACCUUCAGUCCCUCCCACUGUGUCAUGCUACAAACUGUCCUGUGAUGUAAUGUGUGAAAGAGGAACUUAAACAGGGGGUGGGCGAUAGGACAAGUGGGAUAAAUGAAGGGAGGCAGUAAAUCAAAAAGCUGUUUCAUGGCAAUAUUUGAAUUCUGAUUUUGCAUCGUAAGACUUGUCUUUUCAGGUACUUACUUUCACCUUAAAAAAAACAGCUGCAGCAACUUGCUGGUGUGGAGGAAAAAUUGCAUAAUUAUUUCUUAGAAAAUGUUUGAUACAAACAAUGGCGUCAUGAAUUGAAAUGACACAAGUCCAGAAGUUGUUUUAUCCAUGUCGCCCACCCCUAACUGAAGUAUUCCAAAAUGAAGGAAAACGUUAUUUGAGGCUGUCACUUUAGUAUUAUUAUUAGUUUAAAUUGAUUUGGCUGAUUCCUAUUUAAAUUAUUUAUGAAUCAUUUGCCCAUCUUAGUCAUCUUUGGAUAAAGUUUUAGAAAUCAGAAGCUUAUAAAGCUAUGUUCAGGCAGACAACUCACCUGGAACAAAAUUGGUGAUAUAUGAUGUCCCGGAUCUGAACAUGUCCCCAUUUGCAUUAAACAAGAUCAGAUAAUGAGGUAAGAUGAUGAGAUAGUGGCAUCAUUUUAUAUAUAAGUUAGGAAGAGAUUAGGAAGUAAGGGAUGAUGUUUAGUGAAUGGGUGCUCAUGUAAAUUAGAAGCCAACAGGCUGAACAGGAUCCCCCCCAAGUAAUGUGUCUGAGGUGAAAUGUGUCGGAACACCUUUCAGCGGAUUGGUUUAACAUGACAUGAAUGAUAAGGUUAUCCGUAAUGUUGCUUUUGUUGUUGAGAAUCAAUCAAUCAAUAAAAAGUGAGGAUUGAG